GUCAAACAUUGUUCAAAAGGGAACAUCUGCGUAAGGAUACAUAAGGUUAUUUCAAAACUCGAAGUAAACACGAAGAAGCUUUCACGUCUAACAAAUAUUUGAGGAUCUUUAAUUCAGUAUUCGACAUCUUACAAGAACUGUGAAACGAUGAUCAAGAUAAUCGUGCUGCUGAUAAGUGUCAGUGUUGUAGUGAAACUGGUUUUGGCUGAGGGGGCACCGCCUGCCGAUACCAGUACAAAUGGAAAUGGAACUGUUGCGACUGAUGCAUGUCAGCAACCUAAGGUAACAGGUCCUUGCAAAGGAUUGUUCCCACGAUAUUUCUACAAUACCCAAACCUCUGCGUGUGAGAAGUUUGUCUACGGGGGUUGCUGGGGAAAUGACAACAACUUUGACGUCCUUGAAAAGUGCCAAACAACGUGUAUGAGUGGCAAAUAAUUUGCAUAUUCAGCCAGGAGAUGUCCUUUUAACUGUAAUUGAAGGAAAUGAAAGAAAUUUGCUAUUGUAAUCUAUUAAAAAAUAUAUAAAUAUU